GAUUUAUUUGAAAGCUUUCUUUGACAGAGCGUUAGAGGUAACAAAGAUGGCCGACCAUUUGCACUGCGAGAGCGCAGAGGUAGAACAACUCAGUUGGUAUCACUAUAACAUAAGUCGUCAUGUGGCAGAGGGAUUGUUAAUGGCAAACGGAAAGGAUGGAAGUUACUUGCUGAGAGCAAGUUCAUCUAGUCCUGGAGAAUAUUCUCUCUCAGUGAGAUGUGCUAGCUCAGUGAAACAUUUUCAUAUUAGCUGGGAUGGCACACAGUUUAAAUUUGGAAUGGGGUCAUUCUCAAACAUCAGUGAGUUUGUUGAACAUUUUGAAAACAAGCCUUUGAUUGGAGGUGAUUCUGGGGUCUUGACAUUAUUGAAAUAUCCGUAUCCCAGGGAUAUUGAAGAACCAGCGACAUAUGAGAAAGUCAGGGUACAUGCAGAAUGGGGAAAAAACAGAAAGAGUAGCAUGGAAAACAGCGUGGAUGAUAAUGUACAUUCUUUUGGAUCAAAAGAAGGAUAUCUUACUAAACUUGGCGGUAAAGUGAAGCAGAACUGGAAAACAAGAUGGUUUGUGCUUUUGAAGAAUGAACUGAAGUACUAUAAGACAAAAGGGGACAAAGAACCUAUUAAAACAAUAGACCUUGAAGACUGCCAAGAAGUUGCAAGAGACGAUUCACUAGGAAAAGGAAAUUGCUUCAGGAUUGUCAUGCCGUACAGAACGUUUUUCUGUUAUGCCAAUUCCACACAAGAAGCCGACGAAUGGAUUAAAAUUCUUCAGUGGAAACUGGAAAAUGUGACCCAUUCAAAGCACAGGCGUUCAACAGUUAGAUAAGACUUCAAAGAAGAACGUUAUCAAGAGCGUUUUAUCCAGAUGUUAAUUUAAUUGAUAAGUAUUGAUAAUGUAAAUAGAAAAUAUUCUGUGCAAAAAAAAAGACACUUCUUGUCUUUUCUCUGCCGUCUUGUUACUUGGUGUCCAGUCUGUUAGUAAACACAGUUAUGUUGCUUUACAUUUUCAGCCCUUCUCAUGCAAGGUGCCAUCCACACUAUGCCAGAGAAAUUUGAAAACGGAGUUAACAAUCUGAAAACGCAUCAAAUGUUCUCCGUCCAUGCUACAUGGAAGAAAUGUGAAAAUGCAUCAAUCAUUGGUCAGUUUGGAUUUGAGUUUGAGGAAACCCUGGGCAGGAAAAUCUCAUGAUUAUUGUGAUCGAUCGUUUUUGAAAACCUCCGUUUCCAGAAUGUUUUCUGUCCAUACUUAAAGGCAAGGCCAGUGUUUUCAAUUCCUCUGGUUUGAUGAAUGUUCUCGAAAAGCUUUGUUUUCGUGAUGACUUUAGUGUGUACGGUAGGCCUAACU